UCAGAGCAUAAUCAGACCUGACUGGAGACACACACAGAGAGAGAGAGAGAGAGAGAGAGAGAGAGGGGAACAUGUUCUCACACUGGAAUAUACAGCAACUAGUGACAACACAGCAUGGACUCUGAAUCUUUGGACCGGUGCAUCCAGACGGCCCUGUCGGCGCUCUACCCGCCCUUCCAGGCCACGUCGCCGACCGUGCUCUGUCAGGUCCUCAGCGUGGUAGAAAGCUGCUACAGAGGAGACGGCCUGCGCUACCUCAUCCACUUCCUGCUGCCUGCAAAGCAAUUCUUAGUCAACCUGCAGCAAGAUGCCUGCUUGCAGUACUGUGGUCUGUUGUUCCGUCAUGAAGGCUGGCCUCUGUGCGUCCACGAGAAGCUAGUUGUUCAGCUCUGUCCUCUGGACCCCCGUCUCCUCCGUCCAGGAGACUUCUACCUGCUGGUUUCUCCCCCCGCGGCCGCCACCACUUCUCCUCGCCGCUCCGCGGCCGCCUCCCCCUCCCCCCGCCUGCUCCUGUGCAGCGUGUCAGCCGGCGGCCGCCAUGUGGAGCAGCAGGAGGUGUCUCCGUUAGCGCUGGGCUCUGUCUUCAGCAUGGCGUGGCUGGACUCGGUCAACAGGGAGCGGGAGCAGCAAGGAGCGUCCCGGCUACAGCGCUGCGUCCUCUCUGCGCACGGAGACGUCUUCAGGGUCCCCUGGGAGGACCUGGUCUACCCGCAAUUCAUCAGCCCGCCCCGCGCCACCCUGAAGGAGCCGGAGGAGCCGCGCGGAAAGGAUGGAGACACACUGAGUCCCUGUAAAGACACUGGCUCAUCCGGACAGGAAGUAAAGCUGCUCCAAUCAGCAGCGAGCAGCGAGGGCGACGACUCAGAGGGCGAGUACGUGGAGCUGACGGAGCUGCCUCGCUUCUCCCCGCAGAAAGGCUCCUUAACCCAGUCCAUCAGAGCCAGGACCAGCACACACACCACUGCACACACACCUCACACACCUAACAUCGCACACACACUCUCUGAUUCUACGACACACACUCCCAAAACCCCUCACACACUUUCUGCUGACGCACACACACCUCACAACGCACACACACACUCUGAUUCUACUACACACACUCCCAAAACCCCUCACACACUUUCUGCUGACGCACACACACCUCACAACGCACAUACACACUCUGAUUCUACUACACACACUCCCAAAAACCCUCACACACUCUCUGAUUCUACGACACACACUCCCAAAACCCCUCACACACUUUCUGCUGACGCACACACACCUCACAACGCACACACACUCUCUGAUGCUUCACACACUCUCUCUGAUGUUGCACACACAUCUAACAACACACACACUCUCUCUGAUUCUACAAAACACACUCCCAAAACCAUUAACAGGCACUCUGAUGCUUCACUCACACUUCCUGAUGCUGCACACACUCUUAAAACCUCUCAACCACGUUAUGGUGCUUCACACACACUCUCUGAUGUUGUAAACACACCUAACAACCCUGAAACACUCUCUGAUUCUACGACACACACUCCCAAAACCCCUCACACACUCUCUGCUGCUGACCCGGCUAACGCUGGCUCCCCCCGGCCCUGUGCGGAGGUCAGCUCCCACACCGAGCUUUGCUCGCGGCUCAUCGAGGAAAACCUGAACCAGGACUCGUGUGGACCUCUCAUCCUCCCCCCCUGCACCUCCUCCGCCCGCCAGACGCCACAGGAACAGAAAGGAGGUACUGACUCAGAGGAGGAGCGAGGGAAAGAGAGGGAGACAGAGGAAGACAGAGAGAGCGAGACAGAGGAAGACAGAGAGAGCGAGACAGAGGAAGACAGAGAGAGCGAGACAGAGGAAGACAGAGAGAGGGAGACAGAGAGGGAGACAGAGGAGGAGAGGGAGAAAGGGAAGCGUGAGACAGUAGUUGUUGAAGGUGAAGAGAAGGAAGAAGAAACCGAGGAUGAAGAUGAAGAUUUGUUGACUGAAAGUGGCGAGACGGAGGAAGAGGUGGAGGAGGUGGAGGUGGAAGAGGAGGUUCAGGUUACAGUUCUGCAGCAGAGUCAGGAAAGAAGGGAGGAGGAGCAGGUGAUGAACGAAGAUGAGAGAAAAGGAGGGGAAGAGGAAGAGGAGAGACGAGGUGAACAGACGCACGCAGAUAAGAAAGCUGAUUCAUGUUUGAACGCACACGCUGAAGACUCUUAUUCUGAAAAUACAGAAAAACACCCUGAGGACUCUUAUUCUGAAAAUACAGAAAACAAACACCACCAGGAAGAGAAGGAGGAUGAGGAAGAGGAGGAGAAAGAAGGAGAAAGAACUGCAGAACUUCAAACUAAAGGUCUCGGCAGCCUGUCUGCCAGUCCCAGUCCAACAGAACCGGACCAAUCAAGAGCCUCUCCACAGCCGGACCAAUCAGCAGCCUCUCCACAGCCGGACCAAUCAGCUGCUGCCACAGUCCCAGUCCUGUCCUCCUCCUACAGAGUGCUGCUCACAUCUGGAGCGCUGUGUCUGCCUGGAACCAGAGACCGCGGUGGUCGAGCUCUGCUGACGGUCAGCACCGGGAACGCCGUGUGGUCGGACCCGUCCUGUGACAGCGCCGUGCUGCUGCGCCUCCUGCUCUACUACUCCUCCACGCUCAGGAAGGAUGUGGCGGCGUCCGGGCUGACGGUGUUGGUGGAUGCCCGCCGAGCGUCUCCGGUCCCCGCCCUGUUCUCCGCCAUCCGGGCCCUGCAGGAAAACAGACCAGGCUCCAUCCACACCGUUUUAAUGCUGCUCAACAAGGACUCUGUGUCUGCGCGACCAGACAAACCUGCAGCCCCCCAGGUGGAGGUGUUGAGCUCUCUAAAGUCAGUUCAGAAACACGUGGAUCUGCAGCAGCUUCCUGCAGAGUUGGGAGGAUCUUUCAGAUUCAGUCAGAGCAGCUGGCUCUGCUUCAGAUCAAGAGUGGAGCAGCUGACCAAUCAGUGUGGAGACGUCAUCACACUGCUGCAGAAAACCAUCCACAUCCUGCUGUCCACACCUCUACCUGCUGCAGCUGAGGAUGCCGAGCAGCUGAUGUCCAGGUACGAGGCGGUGAUGCGUAGCGUCCUUGAAGACAGCCGAUUGGUGCAGCUGCAGCAGGAGGGCGGAGCCUCGCUGUCGCGGCUGCGGCGAGAGGAGAGCAGCAUCAGCGGCGCGGCGGGCUACGUGGCGGCCGUGGAGGCCGUGGCCAGUCUGUACGACGCCGUGGACGAUCUGCUGCACCGUCUGGUGACGCUGUCCAACGGCCGCACGCAGGCACUACGCUUCAUCCUGGACUUCAGGGGGCUGGAGGGCGGCUUCACCGAGGUGCGGUCGUGGCUGCAGGAUGUGGGAGAGGUUCGUCUGAAGAGUCUGGAGGAAGCAGAAGAUUCUCUGGAGCUGCUCAACAAGAAACUACAAGACUUCAAGGAGUUCCACACCACAGCAUACGAGUACUGCAGGCGUGGCGAGGCCCUGCUGGCUCGUCUGGAGCGUUAUGGCGACCUGUCGUCAGCUGACCUCCACGUCUACGAGGUCAAAGUUCACUCCUUCUGGGCUCAGCUGCAGGACUUCUGCCAGCGGGUCAACACCACGGGCCAGAACAUUGAGCGGGCCCUGGGCCUCUACAGCUUCCUAGACCAGGCGUAUGGCUGGGCCCUGGAGGGCAUGCGUCAGCUAGCUGCUGUCAGUAUGGAGGACUGCACGCUGCCGGACAAAUGCACGGCUGUGAUUGGCUGUCUGGAGGACUACCAGCGCCUGCACUCGCCCAUUCCAGACGCCCGUUUCCAGGAGAUGAAGACGGUGGCGGGCGAGCUGCGCGGCGAGCGCGGCCUCCGCCAGUGGAGCUUCGCCUGGUCCAAGUGUCAGGAGACCAAGAGGAUGUUCGACAGGAAGAUGGAGGCCGCGCUGCACACGCGGGACUCCGCCCACCGCCAGCGCUCUGACUCAGCCAGGGGAACGCUGUCGGGACUCUGGGGCGUCCACGAGACGGAUGAGGACAGCAGCACGUCCUCCUCGCCCCCUCGCCCCUCCUCACUGCUUCCCCUCACCUCCUCCACGCCAGAGCGCACGCCACAGCCCACGCCACAGCAGACGCCCCUGCUGCAGCGUCUGUUCCGUAGCGUUUCCUCCGAUGUCUCAGCAGAAACCUGCUCCCCCAGCCCAGCUCUCCCCCGCGUCUCCUCUUCCUCGUCCUUCCUGUCGUCCGUCCGGCGUCAGACGCUCAGGAAGACGCAGAGCUUCGACUGCCCGUCCACCCCCGAGGCGGCGCGCUACGGGCCGUGUCACCGCGCCCUCAGCGAGCCGGCGCGCAGAGGAAACACGGGCGUGUUCAUCCGCGGCCUGGAGGUCAGCAGCUCCGAGGCCGCCGACCAGACGCUGUGCCCCAGGAAGGGGACUCACGGCUGGGCAGGACAGGGACCACGCAGCCCCGGGACCCCCAGGACCAUUGGCAGCCCGACAGCAUCAGACCCCCGGCCCCGGGGAAGUAAGCUGCGUCACGUGGUGGAGGAGAUGGUGACCACGGAGAGGGAGUACGUGCGCUCCCUGCGCUACGUCAUCCAUCACUACUUCCCCGAGAUGGAGCGCUCCGACCUGCCUCAGGACCUGCGGGGGAAACGCUCCGUGGUCUUCGGGAACCUGGAGAAGCUGCUGGACUUCCACAGCCAGUUCUUCCUCAGAGAGCUGGAGGCCUGCUGGAAGCACCCACUCAGAGUCCCCCACUGCUUCCUCAGACACCAGGAGCAGUUUGGGCUGUACGCUCUGUACAGCAAGAACAAACCAAAGUCUGACGCCCUGCUGGCCAACCACGGGAACUCCUUCUUCAGGAGGAAACAGCUGGAUCUGGGUGAUAAGAUGGAUCUGUCCUCCUACCUGUUGAAGCCAGUUCAGAGGAUGAGUAAAUACGCUCUGCUGCUCACCGACCUCAUGAAGGAAGUGGCCGUGGCCCAGGAGGCGGAGCUUAACGCGCUGCAGGCCGCCACCAACAUGGUCAAAUUCCAGCUUCGCCAUGGCAACGACCUGCUGGCAAUGGACGCCAUCCGAGACUGUGAUGUGAACCUGAAGGAGCAGGGUCAGCUGAUCCGCCAGGAUGAGUUCACUGUCUGCACCGGGAGGAGGAAAUGUCAGCGCCACAUCUUCCUGUUUGAGGAGCUCGUUCUCUUCAGCAAACCCAAGAAGAUGGAGGGAGGGCUGGACGUAUUCAUCUACAAACACUCCUUCAAGACGGCAGAUGUGGGUCUGACGGAGUCGGCCGGAGACGACGGGCUACGCUUUGAGAUCUGGUUCAGAAGGAGGACGUCCAAGAACCAGACCUUCAUCCUGCAGGCCUCCUCUCUGGACGUGAAGCAGGCCUGGACCACCGGCAUCGCCCGCAUCCUGUGGACCCAGGCCACCCGCAACAAAGAGAUGCGUCUGAAGGAGAUGGUGUCGAUGGGAGUCGGCAGUAAACCGUUUCUGGACAUCCAGCCGAGUGACGCAGCCAUCAGCGACCGAGCCGUUCAUUACAUCAUGAAGAGCAGAGGUGCCAGAACACGUGCGUCCAUCGCCGUCUCUGUCUUUGAUCACUCUCAUCCUUUCAAACGAGGAGUGGUGACCUCUGACCCCGCAGCCUCUGGGCCUUCUUCAUCUGGUCUGCUGGGACCCCUCAACCUGCACAUGUACAGUCAGAACUCGUCUCCGGCCGCUGAAAGCUCCUUCAUCACUUCCUGUAUCGAGGAGGACGAGCAGGAACACGAGACCAGCAGCCAGCCCUCCAUGACCACAGAGAGUUCUGGCUCCUCGUCCCGCUGUCUGUCCGGCUCCACGGGAUCAGACAGCGGCUGCGUCUCGUCCCACCUGCAGGAGGACCCCCCCCCCUCCAACACACACCUCAACAGCCAGUACAUUUCAGCUGAAUCAGGUCCUAUCAUCAGCCCGGCCACCAUGGUGUGAUGAUCUUCUGGACUCGACAGUCGGAGUGCUUCCUGCUGCAGUUUGGAGUUUCCCGACAGUUUCCCCGUUAGCGUUAGUUCAGUAUGAUUUCUGAAGUAGUAUUUAUGUGUUGCAGGUCUGGUAGUCUGUGUGUAAAUAAAGCUGUUGAGUUGA